AUGCCUGCACGCACAGAUGGGGAAAACAGCGGGAUCACCUCAUGGACAGACAUGUUGGGUUUCCUCCUCCUCUUGUCCCUCUCCUCCCCGGUGGCCAUGGGGCCUCAUCCCAGUGCUCCACCUGACCCCUGCAGCCACUGUCGCUGUGACCAUCUGGGGCCAGCAGAGGGCAGCGGAGACCCGCCGCCUCUGAGAGAGUUCAGACACGUGCCCGAAGUCCGCACCUACAUCAACAUGACCAUACUCAAAGGUGACAAAGGAGAUCGUGGGAUCAUGGGAACAGCAGGUAAAGCUGGACUGGAGGGCCCCCCUGGCUCCCGGGGGCCCGUGGGUUCGAAAGGCGGUAAGGGUCGGGCGGGUCUUCCCGGAGAGCCCUGCAAAGCCCAGCAUUCAGCUUUCUCCGUGGGCCGCCGCAAAUCCCUCCACAGCCUGGACGCCUACCAGACGCUGGUGUUCGACACCGUCUUCGUCAACCUCCACGACCACUUCGACAUGUUCCAGGGGAAGUUCUCCUGCCGCGUCCCGGGGGUCUACUUCUUCAACCUCAACAUUCACACGUGGAACUUUAAGGAGACCUACCUGCACAUCAUGCACAACGACGCGGAGCGGGCCAUCGUCUACGCCCAGCCCAGCGAGCGCUCCAUCAUGCAGAGCCAGAGCCUGAUGCUGGAGCUGGAGCCCGGCGACCAGGUGUGGGUCCGCCUCUACAAGAGGGAGCGGGAGAACGCCAUCUACAGCGACGACGUGGACGUCUACAUCACUUUCAACGGAUACCUCAUCAAGCCCGGCGCCGGGGACAACUGA